AUGCCUCACUCAACCGAAUCACACAUCUUCGACCACAGUUUCGAGCCCCAAACUGUAUCGAUGCGAUCGCAUUUUCCGCGAAACGAUCCAACGAACCGGACACAAAGCAGCUGUACCGAGCGCGUAAACUCUGGAAUCGGGUUUGAACACCAGUGCACUGAUAUAUUCGAACCGAUACAAGCAGAACGUCUUUCGAGUGGUUUUCUUGCCGUUUUCGUGUGCAGCGUUCAGUUAAUGUUUUGUGUUUGGAAAAAUUUUAAGUUAACAGUAUAAAAUCCUUUCUCUAGAAGGGUUUGUUUACUUUGAACAAAUAAUUUGAGUUCUAACGAACGUGUGGAAAUACCUAAGCAGGCAUAAGUUGAAGAUCGCUUAAAGAAAUUUAACGAUCGUGGUGUCAAUAAAAAGAGUUGCUCGGAAAGGACAGUGUUGUAUUAUCAUAUACAUUCUGUGCAGUGUGUGUUAAUCAGUGGCAGUGACAAUGAUGGCGUAUCAUCAACGAGUUUCUCAGUAUCGCAGUCCUAGGAGAAUCGACUUCGAUGACCCAUCGACGACCAAGCCACCGAGCCUGGCCAAAUCGGCCGUGCUUGCCGCCCUCGAGGAGGAGGAACGCGAAAAGUCUCGCGGCACUGGUUUGAAGCGCGUUGCUUGGCCUCCACCAGCCGAGGGCCCUGAGUACGAGGUACAUCCAUCACAGCAGAAACAACACGCGGUAGGUCAGCAAAUCCCGCCGCAGCAGCAACAGCAGCAGCAGCAGUUCCAGCCGCAACAAUUCUACCACCAAACGAACCCUCAACAUCAGCAGCAGCAGCAUCAGCAGCCGGCUUAUCAGCAAACGAGCUUUCCACCACAGCAGCACCCGCACCAGCCGGUGGAAAGAAUCGUUCCCAUUCAAAGGGCUACAUCGAUCCAAUCGCCUCUGGGCACACCAACCAAAUCACCCGUUAAUCAGCUCAAGUACCCGACCUACCCGGGAUCUCCGCAGCCGUCAGUGCAUUAUCCAGCUGCUGGGCCACCCGGCGGCACUCGGGGACAGGCAUCGUCCACCGUCGCUUUUAGUGGAGGCCGUGCCGUACUGCCCAAUAAGCAGCAGCAGUACUACCAACAGCAGCAGCCGCGUGGUGGAUACGGCCAUCAAGCUGCACCACGCUCACCGGUGGUUCCCGUAGCUUCCCCGCGCUCACCGGGACUGUCUACCCUCGGCGGUAGUGGAAGCCCACGUGGCUGGGCUCACGUGUCCUCACCGGUACCGACCUACCGUCCAUCGCCCCAAUUCUCAUCUUCACCUUCUUCACCAUCUUCACCUUUCUAUCAGCAGCAACAGCAGCAACAGCAGCAGUAUCACCCAGGGUACGCUUCGGCCGGUCACACCGGAUCGGCCCAGCCAGCCGCCUGGUACGGUGCGAGAAAGCCUGAGGCUCAACAGCAACAACCGCUAGCACCACAGUAUCAGAAUCCGCUCCAGCAGCAGCAGCAGCCGUACCAACCGCAGCCCACUGAAGCUUUCCAACCGCUGACGGCACAACAGCAACAACCACUGUACCAACCAGCGCAACCACAGCAGCAGUUGCCACCGACACUGAUCACAACACUACGCAAAGAACCACCAAUGUCUCAGGAGCCCGCUCCCGUCUAUCAGACGCAACCGGUUGCUGCUAUUUAUCAAGGAGGUAGCAAUAUGCGCGGAGAUCAAAAGUGGCCCCCGGAGGAAUACAAGCGCCAAUCGGAGGUGGAUAACGAAGAACGCCGUAAGCUAGCCCAGCAGCCAGCGUUUCGUCCACGCCGCCAGCAGAAGGAUUAUGCCGACUUCUUUGCGAAGAAUGCACUGAACAACACGUACCCCGGCUAUCGGGCCCCACCUGGAACGCAACAUCACUCCUAAGCCGAUGGUAACACACUCGUGAUGUGCAGCAUGACGUAUCAUCUCAUCGCAUCGAAUAGCAGCAAAGGAGCAAAAGUAAAACAAUGCGCUGUUAGCGUUAGUGUAUUGGGACGUGCCACAAUUGGAAACUAAAGCAAAAGCAUCCUCAAAAGCUAGGGACAAAACGUGUUGGUACUGAGUUGCUCAAGAGAGAGAGAGAGUUGCUUCAAUCAAAAAAAGUAUUUACCAGAUGUGCGAAAAAUAAGUUCAAAAAGCGUUUAAUUAAACUAUUUCGCCUGCUUAGCGUUAAUCAUCUAAAACAAACAGGGCACACGUCCACAAUAAAACGAAACAAAACAUCACGUCACUCAACAAAACACAAGAAAACAUUUUCGAAAACCACACUAAACGAAACCAAAGCAAAUAGUAAGCGAAGACACAACAAAACACACCUUAUACAGUUAAGAUUUGCGGACAAGGAAGCAGACGAGCUAAUAAUAAUUAUCAUUACCUUAACUUUUGUAUCGCCAGGAGCUUAAGCAGGCUGCGCAAAGCUACUAGAUUUGAUUCGUUUAUCGUUUAUCGUUACAUUAAGCAGCAGAAGAUGAUGCGCGUUGAGAAUGGGCGCAUCAGUUGCGCGGUGGCUUUGAUCUUCCUGUGCCUUAUCGCGUGCUUCCUGUUCUCCGUUUCUAUGUGUGUUUUAAUUUGGUUCAAGUAUCAACCGAACGCAAAUCUGCGUACGUGAGAGGGGCAUAGCGCGGUAAAAGCAAAACAUUUAUUAAAUGUGUUAUUCCCCUGUUUAUUUACUUCUGUUCCACUAAUCCGCUUGUAACUUACAGCUUAUCGCUUGAGGAUGCAAAAGAAACUGAACAAAACACGAAUAGUGUAUAGUGUAUUACGCUUGUUUUACUACGACAGCAAAACCAAUGAAUGCCUGUAAGCGCUUAACGCUUAUGCUUGUGAUGUUUUCAAAACGAAACGUACAUUAAUAAAGGCUUAUAUUCGUUACAGUACAGUAA